GGGCCGCGAAGGCUGGGAGCGAGGCGCCUCAACAUUCGGGGCUGAAGGCGAGCGGAGAGGAGCGCGGCGGGUCGGAGCCAGAGCGGCUCUCUUUCUGGGCCUGGCUUCGGGGCGCGCGCCUCCAAGCGGAGAGGGCUGAGGGGCGGGCGCGCGGGCUAGGGAAAGCGCCUGCUCCUCCCUCCCUCCCUCCCUCCCUGCAGCGCGGCGCCUCUACAUAAGCGCCCGUCGUCGUCGUCGGGCAGGCAGGCAGGCAGGCGGGAGCUGCGCGGCUCGUGGGCCAUGGCCUUGGCGGACAGUGCCCGCGGGCUGCCCAACGGCGGCGGAGGCGGCGGGCGGUCGCAGCCGGAGCCGUCCUCGGUGGCUCCUGCGUCGGCGGGGAGCGAGGCUGCCGGGGAGAUCGUGGAGCUGAACGUGGGCGGGCAGGUGUACGUGACCCGUCGCGGGACGGUGCUGUCGGUGCGGGGCUCGCUGCUGUGGCGCCUCUUCUCGCAGGAGCCCGGCGCGGCGCUGCCCCGCGACUCCAAGGGCCGCGUCUUCCUCGACCGCGACGGCUUCCUCUUCCGCUACGUGCUGGACUACCUCCGCGACCAGGAGCUGGUGCUGCCCGAGCGCUUCCCGGAGCGCAGCCGUCUCCAGCGCGAGGCCGAGUACUUCCAGCUGCCCGACUUGGUCCGCCGCCUGCAGCGAGGAGGAGGGGGAGGGAGCGGGGCAGGCGGCGGGGCCUCGGGAGGGGGCCUUCCGCGCGACGCCUCGCUCUGCGCCGACGAGGGCGGCUCGUGGGAGGGCGAGCCCACGGCCGAAGGAGGGCCCUCGCCGCCCGCGCGCCGCUCCCCGCUCCUGGCGCCCUCGCUCUCGCUGGACGCCUCCUCCGCCUCCGCCUCGCCCUCCUCCCGCCGCGCGGGCUACAUCACGGUGGGCUACCGGGGCUCGUACACGCUGGGCCGCGAGGCGCAGGCCGACGCCAAGUUCCGCCGCGUGGCGCGCAUCACGGUCUGCGGCAAGACGGCGCUGGCCAAGGAGGUCUUCGGGGAGACGCUCAACGAGAGCCGCGACCCGGACCGGCCCCCCGAGCGCUACACCGCCCGCUACUACCUCAAGUUCAACUUUCUGGAGCAGGCCUUCGACCGGCUCAGCGAGGCCGGCUUCCGUAUGGCCGCCUGCUCCUCCACCGGCACCUGCGCCUUCGGGCCCGAGCAGGGCGGCCCCGCCGACGACCGCGUCUGGACCAGCUACACCGAGUACGUCUUCUGCCGCGACUGAGGAAGGACAAGCAGCCCCCAAACAUUCAGCCCCUACCCACCCACCCGCCUCCUUGUUACAGGACACCCCAGUGGUGCUUGUUUCCCUCUCAGCCCCAUUUCGGAAGAUCUCACCACUUUCUGCCCCCUGUCAGAAUUGGAAACAAGCUUCCCUGGAGAGGCCCCUUUCCCCCAUGAGAAUAACUCUUUCAGCAGUGAAUUUCCCUUCCUGGGGAUAGGUUUCUCCCACUUCCUUGUUGCUUUACCCCCGUUCUUGGUAUCUGUGCCCCCUCAUUGCCUUCAGGGGAGCCAAUCACCCCCCCACCCCACACACACACACACAUACCCAGCCAGGCUUAUCCAGCUCUACACACCCAUUCACACACAUACGCCUUAGAUCUAAAAUGAUCAAGAGUCUGGAGAACAAGCUUAAGGAGCUGGGCAUGUUUAUCCUGUAGAAGAGAAGACUUGAGAGGAGACCUGAUGAGGCCCAUGUUUGUGGGGAAGUCAUAGGGAGGAGGGAGCAAGCUUGUUUUUUGCUGCCCUGGAGACUAGGACAUGGAACAAUGGCUUCAAACCAUUAGUAAGAGCUUCCUAAGUGUGAGAGCUGUUAGGCAUAUUUUGCCCCAGAGUGUGGCGGAGGAUCCUUAGUUAGG